AUGGACUCGUCCUCGUAUCCGGCCUCCAAAAGACCGCCCAAGUUGCGAGCGGCGUGUAAUGAGUGCCAUGCGGCCAAGGUCCGCUGCUCCGGCGAGAAGACGGGCUGCCAGCGCUGCUCGAAUCUCCGCCUGAAAUGUGCCUUUUCCAUCUCGCGCAUCGGCAAGGUCCCUGGGAAACGCAGCAAAGCCAACCGCGGCCCUGCCACGGCCUCGACCUCCUCGUCCGCCUCCCUCUCAACCUCCUCCUCCUCCCUCUCCACCCCCAUCAUGACUCCCCCCAUCCUAACAACAGCCCACUCGUUCGAGAGCCCGCGGACCUACGACGGACGCAGCCACGUCCCCAUCCCCGCAUACUCCUACCCCCAGGACUACGCGAGCGCGACCGGCCUCCCGCUCGCCAGCGAAUCAACCUACGCCCACUCCUCCCCAAUCUACCCAACCCAAUCCCACCCAGAAGACAUGUCAAGCCUGAACAACCUCUGCUGGACCUCAGAGCUGGACCCCCUAAGCGGCGGCCUCCUAAGCCCAGACUGGGAAAUCGACGGCGACGACUCCCUCCCAUCAGCGUCCGCAUCAGCAUCAUCCCACCCACGCACAGGGGCAAACACAACCCUCCCAACCUACCCGGACUUCGCCUCCGACGGCACCGGCACAGGCACAGGCACCGGCACAAGCACAAGCCGGAACCCAUCGAGCUCGCGGACAGGCGCCUACGCCUCACCGGCCGAGAGCCUCCCACCGGCGCAACCACACGAUCCGGUUCGCGACGCAGAGCCGGUCGCCGAGCGAGAGCCAGCCGCUGAUGCUGCUGGACUCGAUCCUCCCGGCGUGCCAGCGGUACCUGACAACCCUCCUCCAAAUCACCGACAGCCCGGCCUUCACGCACACCUACAACGAGGAGCACCUGCUGUUCUCCGUGGCGCUGGACAAGAUCGCGUUCCUGUUUGGGCUGGGCUAUGCGGAUUUCCGACACCGGGUCGAUGUGUACGAGGGCCUUGGGGUUAG